AUGUCAAUUUCAAUCAUUUCAUCUAAAAAAUUUAAUAUUAUGGCUAAUAUUAUUCAUUUUAUUUACAAUUAUUUUUUGUUAUUUAAAUUGUGGAGUUUUAUUUGGAAACGAUUCACCUAUUUUGUCAUCAAUUCAUGUUCCAUUUUGCAGUCAUUCUCAUUGUUGACAGAAAGGAAAUUAAAUUUAAGUGAAUUGAUUGAAAUUGUCGAACGUAUUGAUCAAUAUGAAAGAAUCAUUAAAAAUUUAUCUGAUCGUGUGGAAAAAUUAGAAUGGGAUUUAAAUCGUUGUCUUUGUAAAGAUAGCAGUCUUCAUGAUCAAAUAAAUUUGAGUGACAUAUCGAUUGAUGAUUCAAACUCUAAACCAUUGGAAACAAUGAAUAUUCCACCACCACCACCUCCAUUGCCACCGAAAGAAUUUAAUUUCACUAGUACUCCUAAUCCAGUUUUUGUCUCACAGCAAAAAACUCAAUUCAAUGGUCGGCCAAUUCAAAAUGAUGAUAAUUUUGUAUCCAAUAAAAAACAAAGGUCAGCAUCCAUAUUAACAUGGUCAAUAUCGAAACAAUCCUAUCGAUUAGUUGAUCAGAUUUUAUGGACUUUAAUUACAAAUGGGAACAGCUUUAUAUGUUCCACAAGUUUCACCAAUUAUUAUCCUAGAUUAUUUCUCGACGAUCUUAUUCAACAACGUAAAUUAUUACGUAAAAUAACUCGAAAUUCUUUAUUAGGAAUCAAUGAUCAUAUCAAUCAAUCAUUAAAUGAUAUGGUACAGACUGCAUUGAAAAGGAAAUUCGCCAAUAUUAAUCAUUCAAGUACUAUGACCUCAAUGGAUGAAAGUCAAUUUUCUGAACGAACCGAAUUCAGCAUGUAAAUAAGAAACGAAGCUAUAAACAAUGAAUUUAUUAUGAUUAUAACUUUUUAUAUUGAGAACAAAUUUUUAUUUCGUAUUUAUGGAUUAAUUUUUUUUUACAUCAAUAAACUAAAUUGUACUUUUGUACAAAUUUUACAUUA